AUGACAGCAGCAUCGUGGAAAAUCGGGAUCCCCAUGCGCUGGGCAGUAGCAGCCCCUGAUACCAUUCUGGUGCUGUCGGCGGCGAGCACGGCCAAGACAAGGUAUGCCGCAGAGUGGGGUGGCACUCAAGCCAGCAUCUGGGAUACCACGAAGAAACAUAAGCCAGAAACGGAGAUCAUAUGCUAUCAUCUCAUGGACACCGCCUGUUUUGAGGCCGCGAGCUUACACUGCCCCUUUUCCUGGAAAGAUGGAAUAGCUGCAGGCUCUCUGUGCCUAGAGGAUACGGUCUCCUCUGCGGCUGAUGCCGCCCACUUGUUCGGCCCACGACCCCAAGAUACGCUCUCCAAGAUCAUGCUCGCCGCAUGCAUCCUUGAGAAUGAUGCCGGCAAAGUUGUGCCUGAGGUUCUGAAUGAUGCCCGCAAACUUUUGCCAGUGGUUCAGGUGCUGAUUGCCAUCCAAGCUCAUGCUCGCCGCAUCCCUGAGAAUGAUGCCGGCAAAGUUGUACCAGAGGCUCUGGUAUUGUAUGGCCUCCAAGCUUAUGGGAGCCGCAUCGAUGAGAAUGAUGCUGACAAACGCGUGCCAGAGGUCCUGGUGUCGGCUGCCCAGCUACGCCCACCACGCCCAGCCACGCCCACCUACGCCCACCUACGCCCACCUCGCCCGGCUACGCCCACCACGCCCACCACGCCCACCACGCUCAUUCCCGCCACGUGCUGGAGAAUGACGCUGGCAAAGGUGGGCAGAGGUCUUGGUGAGGUAUGGCCUCCAAGCUCAUGUGUAUCAGAGGCUCUGGCGCUGACUGCCUUCCGAGCUCAUGCUGGCCGGAUGCUUAGGAAUGAUGCGGGCAAAGGUAUGCUGGAGCGCCUGAUGAACUCAACGAACAUACUGCUGACAACAUGGCUGCAUAUGAUGAGAGAAGAGACUUCAAGGCAUGCGCAUUGUGGAGACCGAGCAAGUUUGAUCACAUACACCUCUUGUCUUUCUCUCCGAUAUUCUUUCAAUCUUCCGUGCUUCCCUAUGGAGUUCUGCGCGCGUCCAUCUCAUUCACUCCCGGUGCUAUUGAUACCAUCCAUGCUGAUUAUACCUCAGCGCUGUGCCCAUCUUCUUUCGCCAAAUUGGCAGGAUCUACUGCACGCUAUCGAUAUUUCUCGAUUGGUGUUUGCUCCGCGAAGUUGGCCUGGAAGUGUCGUCGACAUUCAGCUCGUUUCGUGGCGGUUGUCAUCGGAGGUCGAGGGCAUGCUUGUUGGGAUUGCGUCGGCGCGGUUGUCAUCGGAGGUCGAAGGCAUGCUUGUCGAGGGCAUGCUUGUGGGGAUUGCGUCGCGCAGCGUAGCUUUCUUUGCGACCGACACUCCGGCGCAAAGGCUGCGAAUGUCGAACAUUCUGGGGCUGACUGCUCACAACAUGCCCAUGCUCAUGGUCAGACUUUUCGGGCGGCUUCCCGGAUACGCGAUUGGUGCACGUGUAUAUUCUCAACGUGUCACCUCGAGACCCCUCCAAUCAGUAUAUCAGAUAAAUAUCUACACGGCGACGAGCCCCUGGUCCAGAUGCGCGGAUGUAAGACUUGGAGGAAAUGCCAGUGCACAAGUGUGUAUGUGUAUGUGUAUGAUUGGUAGCAUGAAGUAUGCCUCAAUUACGAAAAGCACCAUUCCAGCAAUGAACCUCGCUCCACAGUCUCCGCAUUGGCCAUGA